AUGCGCAGGCUAUCCCCACUACCAGCGCUCGUCGCUGCACUCCUCUUCUUCCCGCUACGCUCAUUCGCAUCCUUUCCAUGGCUUGCUCCGCUCUCCGCGGUCGCAGCUCCCUUGCCCGGCCCGAAGAUCCCGGGCAAGUAUGUCCGCUUCUCUAACCUCGACCAGUGCCCUGAUCUCGCCCCGCAUGAACCCAAGAACAGCCGCGACGUGCGGCUCGAUAACAUUGGCGUCGUCAUGGCGCUUGGUGACAGCAUCACCGCGGGCUUCCUCGCCACCCCUCCCACGGAGUCGGACUGGCUUGGUGACCAACGUGUGCUUGGUGGACUGGUGGACCUCGAAGAGUACCGCGGCGUGUCGUACGCGAUUGGCGGCGACCGGGGCAGCGUGACGAUCCCCCGUAUUCUGCAGCGGUACACGAAACCGCACGGACAGUCGCACGGCAACCACCCACCGCUUGCGUGUCCACAUGCGAGCUGCCAGCACCUUCCCGAUGACGCCCUGAACGCCGCCGUCUCGGGCGCAGUCUCGCUCAACCUUCCUCAGCAGGCGAAUGACUACCUCGUGCCGACGUAUCGCAACAUGAGCGGGGCCGAUAAGCAGGCCUGGGCACUGCUUAACGUCGCUGUUGGGGCUAAUGAUAUUCUGACAGCAGCCAACUCGCCCUUUGGACCGGGUACGCCAGAGGAGUAUGCGCGCGGUAUUCGGGAAGCGGUUGAUUCACUCAUCGUCAACAUCGGUAUGCAGCUCCCUACAUGCCUCCAUCGGCCGCGAGCUAAUGCCCAGUCGGCGUACUGA